AUGUGGUUGUGUCCUGCAGGGGCCGGUCCACGCCGCAGGAAGCAGGAUCCGUGCUGUGGUCACCCCAACUCUCUGGCAGCCAUUAAAUACGCCAUCGUCUCUCUGUACGUCCUGGUCCUUCUCACCAUCCUGGGCCUGUGUCUGGCAGGGUGUGUUGGGGGUGUGGGGGGGUGUGUUGAGGGUGUGUUGGGGUGUGUUGGGGGUGUGUUGAGGGUGUGUUGGGGGUGUGUUGAGGGGUGUGUUGGGGAUGUGUUGAGGGUGUGUUGGGGAUGUGUUGGGGAUGUGUUGAGGGUGUGUUGGGGGUGUGUUGAGGGGUGUGUUGGGGAUGUGUUGGGGGUGUGUUGGGGGUGUGUUGAGGGUGUGUUGAGGGUGUGUUGGGGAUGUGUUGAGGGUGUGUUGGGGGUGUUGAGGGUGUGUUGGGGGUGUGUUGGGGGUGUGUUGAGGGUGUGUUGGGGUUGUGUUGGGGGUGUGUUGAGGGUGUGUUGGGGGUGUGUUGUGGGUGUGUUGGGGGUGUGUUGGGGAUCUGUUGAGGGGUGUGUUGAGGGUGUGUUGGGGGUGUGUUGGGGGUGUGUUGGGGAUGUGUUGAGGGUGUGUUGGGGGUGUGUUGGGGAUGUGUUGAGGGUGUGUUGGGGGUGUGUUGGGGAUGUGUUGAGGGUGUGUUGGGGGUGUGUUGGGGAUCUGUUGAGGGUGUGUUGGGGGUGUGUUGGGGAUCUGUUGAGGGUGUGUUGGGGAUCUGUUGAGGGGUGUGUUGGGGAUCUGUUGAGGGUGUGUUGGGGGUGUGUUGGGGAUCUGUUGAGGGUGUGUUGGGGAUCUGUUGAGGGUGUGUUGAGGGUGUGUUGGGGGUGUGUUGGGGGUGUGUUGAGGGUGUGUUGGGGGUGUGUGUGGCUGUUCUCUCUCUCUUCAUGUCUGAGUCGCCCGCACUGA